AGAUCUCAGAUGUUUUAGCUUUUUCUUUAUAUUACUCUAAUGUUCUCAACCUUUCUAGCUUUGUAUCCAUAGAACACGUUUUGCUCUUCUGAAGAUGUAAUUGCACUUCGCCGAUAGAUGACCAUGUUAGUAGUAGAGCAAACGUACCAACAAAUCUUAACGUUGAUAGCGAAUCUGCUCAAAGAAAAGUGAAAUUGCCUCGGAUGAUGCUUCGUUCUGUUUGUAACAAGGCGGAAAAUGUAUAUCUUAUCAGUGCAGUGGAUUUUGGACGAGUUUGAUGGAAAGGCGGGGUACCAAGUCAUAUAGCAAAAAGACAGGAAGGUUGCAUGAAACCCCAGAGGUAUGAACCCAAACGGGUCACAUGAGCCUCGCCAGUACUUUGCAUGAUACUUACUAGCUACCCAAAGUCAUAUUAUUUCCACGCAGCAGACAUCAGAUGAGAUAUGAUCUGGCUGGACAGGGACAGGUUUCUCUGCUGUCAGCUUUGCCAUUCUCCCUCCGUCGGCCUUGUUUGUUUCUCGCGGUUUUUGCCAUCGUUCCUUUUUGUUCAACAUGGUGGUGCUGCCGAGUCCUCACCACGCAUAUGCCAGAUUUCCGGCUCUCACUUAGCGGCGCCGGGUGCCAACAGAUGCGAGAGUUUAUUUACUUGCAGAGCGAAGAACAUGAACUCAAACUAGCGAGGAAAGAUCUUCGAGGAGGAUCGAAGAAUGAGGGAUCUAAUAUGUUCCCAUCGCAUUGCUCUCUUUUAAGGCUGUCGACAGAAUCGACCGAAUAAAUGGUGAAUUGUGAUGUCGAUCACGCGUGCUGAACGUAUUGAGCGUGCUGAUUUGAGUGCGAGCUCGCUCCAUUCGACUGGUUUGAAAUUUCAACAUCUAAUCUUACAAUUCAGAUUCAAGGUCUCGUCAUCCUGAGGUAAGAUCAUUCAUGCGAAGAUUUUAAGGACGCUUAAACAGUGGAGCAGAAUUCCCCAAACUCGGUCACCCAAUCCGUAUAAUUGGGGCCGUGAGAUAAUAUAAAGGAGCUCCAAAGAUUAGAAAGAAAAUAAUUGUUGGAAAGUUCUGAUGCGAAAUAAUGCUUGACGCGUUGACAUUAAAUCGUCGAAUCUGCAAAUUACGAUCCUCUUCUGUACUAGUGCAACGUAGAUUUUUGCAUAGUUUAUAUCCGAUCUCCUGUAUACAAGUGUAGGGGAGGUUUCAGAAUGGCAAUGCAGGGAGGAGGGCAGGGAGGAUGGCAGGGAGGAAAUGGACAACCUGGAAACAAUCCAAUGCAGGGAGGAGGGCAGGGAGGAAUUGGACAACCUGGAAACAAUCCAAUGCAGGGAGGAGGGCAGGGAGGAAUUGGACAACCUGGAAACAAUCCAAUGCAGGGAGGAGGGCAGGGAGGAAUUUUACAACCUGGAAACAAUCCACUGCAGGGAGGAGGGCAGGGAGGAUGGCAGGGAGGAAUUGGACAACCUGGAAACAAUCCAAUGCUGGGAGGAGGGCUGGGACAAAUUUUUCAACCUGGAAACAAUCCACUGCAGGGAGGAGGGCAGGGAGGAAUUGGACAACCUGGAAACAAUCCAAUGCUGGGAGGAGGGCUGGGACAAAUUUUUCAACCUGGAAACAAUCCACUGCAGGGAGGAGGGCAGGGAGGAUGGCAGGGAGGAAUUGGACAACCUGGAAACAAUCCAAUGCUGGGAGGAGGGCUGGGAGGAAUUUUACAACCUGGAAACAAUCCACUGCUGGGAGGAGAGCUGGGACAAAUUUUUCAACCUGGAAACAAUCCACUGCAGGGAGGAGGGCAGGGAGGAGGGCAGGGAGGAAUUGGACAACCUGGAAACAAUCCAAUGCUGGGAGGAGGGCUGGGAGGAAUUUUACAACCUGGAAACAAUCCACUGCUGGGAGGAGGGCUGGGAGGAAUUUUACAACCUGGAAACAAUCCACUGCAGGGAGGAGGGCAGGGAGGAAUUUUACAACCUGGAAACAAUCCACUGCUGGGAGGAGAGCUGGGACAAAUUUUUCAACCUGGAAACAAUCCACUGCUGGGAGGAGGACAGGGAGGAAUUUUACAACCUGGAAACAAUCCACUGCAGGGAAGAGGGCAGGGAGGAAUUUUACAACCUGGAAACAAUCCACUGCAGGGAGGAGGGCAGGGAGGAAUUUUACAACCUGGAAACAAUCCACUGCAGGGAGGAGGGCAGGGAGGAAUUUUACAACCUGGAAACAAUCCACUGCAGGGAAGAGGGCAGGGAGGAAUUUUACAACCUGGAAACAAUCCACUGCAGGGAGGAGGGCAGGGAGGAAUUUUACAACCUGGAAACAAUCCACUGCAGGGAGGAGGGCAGGGAAGAGGGCAGGGAGGAAUUUUACAACCUGGAAACAAUCCACUGCAGGGAGGAGGGCAGGGAAGAGGGCAGGGAGGAAUUUUACAACCUGGAAACAAUCCACUGCAGGGAGGAGGGCAGGGAAGAGGGCAGGGAGGAAUUUUACAACCUGGAAACAAUCCACUGCAGGGAGGAGGGCAGGGAGGAAUUUUACAACCUGGAAACAAUCCACUGCAGGGAGGAGGGCAGGGAGGAAAUGGACAACCUGGAAACAAUCCGAAUAAUUUGGGGGACGGCGCUGGACCAGCAGGUCAGCAGAAUGUUAACGGACCAAAUCCAAUUUAUGAAGCUGCACUUAAGAAUUUGCAGGAGUUAAUGCAAAGGGCGGUGAACGAUCCAAACCCACAAGCACCAGUACCGAAUUUUGUGCAGCCGGAGGACUUAAACGGCCCCCCUGGAGGACCUUUACCUGCUCUUCCCCCGUAUGACCCGCCCGCACUCGGGAAUGCUCAUUUACAGGCGCAGCCACUUGUCCAGCGGACAUAUACACCCGCUGAGUUUCAGCUUCAAUUACGUGCGGAACGGGACCUUUUGGAGAGACAGAUCCUCAGCAACGUCAUGAGCCGGACAGUACCCAGGCCCACAUGGCUGGAGUAUGCGAAUAAUGCUCAAUGGCGGGCUCGGCUCGAUCAUCUCCUCUCUCUCUACGAGGACACUAACAUAUUCAUCCCAAGACAUAUCGCGUUGGACUGCCCCAACGACCAGAAUCCAUCGAUUCACUGCUGGCUCCAGAAGUUCGGGGAUGAAAUUAUAGAUAUGAACCAAAUUUCACGGCAAGCCAGCUUGCUCAACAAGUUUAGAAUCGAUACCACACGAUGCUUAACCUCGCACCUGCACCAACGAGAUAUCAGGAUGGUUAUCACGACUUAUCCUCUUCAUGUUCACCAAAUAAUGGAGCAAUGGGCUCAGGAAAGAAUCGUUCUCAAUCGUCAUAUCGACAACUUAAAUGCUGUGCUAGGCGGUGGAUUUCCACAACAACAAGUCCAAGGCAUGAGUAUUUGGGAAGAAGAAGAAGAUCUAGCACAAAAAACGGGACUGACGCCACAACAGAUCAAAAAGUAUAGAUGGAAAUUUAAAGCAAAUAGAUUCAACCCUGUUACACGACAAAUGGAAGCCUGGGUUGAACGUCCUCAUCGGCUAUACUUUCAGGAACGCAAGUUUACAGCACAAGAAAAAAAUAUUGUACGCAACGUCAUUGCCCGAUUUCCAGACACCCAUUGGAGAGACUUACCCAGAGUUGAGCAACAGGCGUUAAUUCAGGAAAUUAGAGUUCCGGAAAAUCGGAUGAAAAACUGGUUCCAACGAGUUCGAAGGGAACAGCGAGGCAUGUUGCAAUUGGGCGCAAUAAAUCAGUUGAAUGCGGCCAAUGCGGCCCCGCAGAACGCUCCGUUUCCCCCACAAGGCCCACAAGGGCCGCAGCAGCCCCAGCCCUAGCCACCUUCAAUGGAAGUGCAACAACGGUCCAAUCGAUAAAGGAAUGCGACAUUUUUUGACGUAUUUCCUCUUGGUUUCUCGAUUUCCACUUUAAGUGUGCUGCCAGAGCCCCUAAUUACCGCCUAAUUGUCACCUACAAUUUGUACAUGACACAUGUGAACCAUAAUGUAAAUAGACUUGCACAAGUUCUCUAAGAGAUAUACAUUCGUUUUCCUAGUGUAUUCAGAUGAAUUGAAGAUGUUAUGUAUUUCUAUCAAAUUUCCUCCACGUGAAAUCUCCUAAAAAAACUUAAAGUAUAAUAUAGAAGAUUUGUAAUAAACGUGUUGCAAUCGAUAUUUAAGGAAAAAAAAAACUCUAUAUAAUAUGAUUUAUUAAUCAU